GCAAAUAAUAAUAUGUUUACUUUUUGUCCGAAAAAAGUCUACGGCACGACGUAAUAUUUUGUUUUCGAACAUCAAUAACGUAAAAUCGGUUUUAAAAUUUUUCGUCGUGACCGACCGUUACUAAGUGAUUUGCGCCGUUGGCCCGUCGGUAACAGCGUCCGAAUGCUGAGAACCACUGGCUUGUUCAUACAUACAUAUUAUCUCUGCCGCCGCCGCCGCCGCUGACGCUGCGUAUCACAUUCCAGAAACGACCGUUCAUUGUUGACGCUCAAGUUCCAUUGCUGCGGCGCAAGUCUUCUGUGUUUGUUGUAUUCGGUCCGCUCCUCAAGCGUCGGUCUCCAACCGUUUAGCCUUUGCUGUUCCUGUCGUGUAGAUCUCCGUUUUGGAGGCCGUCAACGUCGAUUAACCUCCUCUUGAUUGAAUCAUCGAAACAAAAAUGGCGUCUGCAUUCCCAUUUGGAGCAGCCAACGGUGAGGCAUCAAAAGAUGAGAAGCCAAGUAGCACCACCAAUGGAAAGGCUCCAGCAGCUGGUGAUCAGCACAUUCGUAUACGGGUAAUUACUAGUGAUAUGACAAACGAAGUACAUUUCCGUUUAAGAAAAGAAGUACCGAUGAUCCGUAUGAAGCGCGCAUACGCCGAAAAGUUGGGUCAUAACCUGAACGAGUUGCGCUAUGUGUUCGAUGGUCGUCGAAUUACUGAUACUGAUACCCCGAAAUCCCUCGGAAUGGUCAACGAUGACGUCGUUGAAAUAUACCAGGAAAGAACUGGUGGUGGUAUGUAAUGUUUGUAAUGAUUUAUUUUUAUCUUAAUUCUUUAAAAUUUGUAUACAAAAAAGCAAAGGUAUUUCAUUGAUUCCCUUUUAUCUACAUUUUAUUUAAAUUACCGUCAAUUAUUAAACAGUAUAUUUAACUUAAGUUAAAAAAAAAAGAAAUGUUAUUUAAAAUUAUAUAAUUUAUUGAAGAAUGUAAAUUAAACAAAUUGUUUUUAAAAAUAUUUUUAAUGUAUUUAACAUAAUUAGGAACUAACCUAAGACUAAUAAUUUGUAAUAUAUACAUACAAUAUUAAUCAAUUAAAAUAUUCAUAACAUAGUUUCUUAAAUUUCAAAUAAUGAUCGACCAAUAAUUGGUAUAAUUAUUAUGUUAUAAUUAUUAUAGAUGUAGGUAAAACAAUUGAUGUUCCUUUUCCUAUA